CGGGGCUGGGGCUUGGAAUCCUGCCUCCGCUCUGCGUAUGCAGAGUUUGCAUGUUCUCCCCAUGCUUCGGGGGUUUCCUCUGGGUACUCCGGUUUCCUCCUCUAGUCCGAAGCCAUGCGCUGUAGGCUGAUUAGCAUGUCCAAGUUGUCCAUAGUGUGUGAGUGUGUGUGUGUGAUUGUGCCCUGGGAUGGGUUGAAACCCAGUGAUAGGCUCCAGGCUCCCCGUGACCCUGUGUAGGAUAAGUGGUACGGAAUAUGGAUGGAUGGAUGUAAAUACUGGAAAGAAGAAGUCCUUAAGGGAGAGAUAAAAGUGGUUUAUAGACAUGCAUAAAUUUACCCAGUGAUCAAAACGCAUGUGCCGACCCUCUCCCUCUGUUAUACUGCGUUUGUAAAGCAUAUCAAUGAUUAUACAGUGAAUUAUUGGAGGAGUUCAUGUUUGCCAUUUUCACUGGGCAAACUUUUUAUUAUUAUUAUUCUCUCAGUUAUUUACAUGUGCUGACGUACAGAGGGAGAACAGCAAUAGAGCAACUGUGUGUGUGUGUGUGUGUGUGUGUGUGUGUGUGUGUGUGAUUACGUCACAGCUGGUAGGCUUUAUAAAUGUCGCUCGCUUUUCUUCAUGAGAACAACUGCUUUCACUCUCAUACAAGCAGGACACGCUCCUCAACAAGGAAAGGAUGAACUGCGGUGUGUGUGUGUGCGUGCUUCUGGCCGCCCUCUCAGUCACCUUUGCGGCUCGCACCCGCUCCUCUCCAGCACAGGAAGAGAACGACGCUCUGCCCUCGCAGAUGGACUCCAGCGUGAGCGCGGGACACGACACCAACCCCCGUGCCAACCUCAACGAGCUGCUGGCCAGACUUAUCUCCAGGAAAGGUUCUGUUCGUCGGAACUCAAUGGCGAACAGCAAGGCGAGCGCUUUGAGCGCUAACCACCGGAUAAAAGACCGGGACUACCUGGGCUGGAUGGACUUCGGUCGCCGAAGUGCCGAGGAAUAUGAUUACUCCUCAUGAGGGGCCAUGCCUCACUCCUCACUUUCCCAAAUAAAGAAUAUAUUUAUUACUAUUCACCCUCUUCUUAUAAUGAUGCUGAUGUAUUUGAUGUACAUGUUUGUAAAUUGAUGAUGCAAUAUACACUUAUGCCAAAUUUUUUCAGAACGUUUUUUUUUUUGUCGUUUGCUUUUGUGGUCUUGUGUGUGACUGAGGAAGAGAAAGCUGGUCUGGGUGACACAGUGCUGUAGAUGUGUUUCCAAUAAACCGGGUCAGAAUUCGACUUUGGCCUCAAACCA